AUGCAGCUGCGGGUGGUAUUAACGUUGAUCGUUUGGGGCUUGGCCGAGGCCGAUUGGUUCGAUUCGUGCGAUCGCGAGUUUCAGCUCACCAGUGUGGCUGACGUAACGCUGAAUUCCCCGUUCUAUCCGGCCAACUAUCCACCGGGCAGCUCCUGCCGGUUCGUUGUGCGUGCCCCGGAAGGCUACGUUAUUCAGGCGACGUGCACCGUCAGCAUGCCCGGGGGCGGUUCUUGCUCCACAGAUUUCCUGUACGUCUCCACCGAAGGCUUCAUGUCACCGGUGGGAAGCGAGUUUUUCUGUGGCCGCGGUUCCGUCGCCCGUCGGUCACUGUUCAACAAAUUGACCAUCUCGUACAUUUCGGCCGGGUCGACCGAUUCGGGCUCCUUCACGUGCCGGCUCGUCGUGCAACAGGCGUCGUGUGAUUGUGGAUGGUCCAGAACCGCCAAGAUUGUCGGUGGUGUGGAAGCCGCAGUGAACGAGUUUACGUCUAUGGUGGGCCUUCUAGACCCGGCGACAGCGAACGUUUUUUGCUCCGGUGUUAUCGUCAGCUCCCGGUACAUUCUGAGUGCGGCGCACUGCGUUCAACCCGUUCCGGAUGUCAGCCGUGUUUCGGCGCUGGUUGGUGACCACGAUUAUCGUAACGGGUUGGAAACACCCUACUCGGCGAUCUACAAUAUCGAACAGAUCAUCGUCCACGAGGGGUAUGACGAGCGGACGCGCGAUAACGACGUAUCGCUGCUGCGAACGGCAUCCGGAAUCGACUGGAAUCGGGCCGUUGGACCCGUCUGUUUGCCGAUCCUUUACGACACUUACAGUUUCGCCGGCCUGUCGGUGGACCUGGCGGGGUGGGGCACGACCAGUUUCGGAGGGCCGAUGAGCACGGUGCUCCGGAAGGCCACCGUGCAGGUUCUGGCAAAUACCGACUGCUCCGCGCCGUACCUGAACGAUCUGAAACUUUGCACGUUUGCCGCGGGGCGGGACUCGUGCCAGUACGAUUCGGGGGGACCAUUGUAUCUGCGGGGGGCGCAGAGGAUGUACACAAUCGGUAUCAUCAGCUACGGAUCGGCUUGCGGCGGCACGACACCAUCCGUGAACACGCGCGUAACGAACCAGCUGAACUGGAUUCGCCGACAAACGCCAGACACUGCAUACUGCGCCAAAUAA